CUGGAAAAAAAAAAUGCAACCAUUAUCUAUGACUCCAGACUCCAGAAUCCAGGAUCACUGCAGGAAGCUAUUGAUGAUAUGGGAUUUGAGGCUUCCCUCCCUGAUCCUAGCCCUCAACCUGUCCUCACUGACACUUUGGUUUUGACUAUAACUUCUUCACUGGCCCCAUUGUGGGACCAAGUCCAGAGCACAUUGCUCAAGGCCAAGGGUAUAACAGACGUUCAGAUUUCUCCUCAGCAAAACACAGCAGUGGUGACGAUGAUCCCUUCUGUCAUAAAUGCCAGUCAGAUAAUCCAGUUGGUUCCUGGCAUCAGCUUAGACACUGGAGCACCAGAAAGAAAGCCAGUUCCUAGUGAAGACACCAGCAUGGCACAGCCAAAUGGAGUCAUGCUGAAGAUGAAAGUGGAAGGGAUGACAUGCCAUUCAUGUACAAGCACUAUUGAAGGAAAAAUUGGUAAACUGCAAGGUGUUCAGCGAAUUAAAGUCUCCUUGGACAAUCAAGAAGCAACUGUUAUAUAUCAGCCUCACCUUAUUACAGCAGAGGAAAUAAAAAGGCAGAUCGAGGCUGUGGGUUUUCCAGCAAUCAUCAAAAAGCAGCCCAAGUACCUCACACUGGGAACCAUUGAUGUAGAGCGCCUGAAGAAUACACCAGUCAAAUCCAAUAUGGGAUCACAGCAAAAAUGUUCCAAAUCUCCUAAGGACUCAGCUGCCACUUUUGUCAUAGAUGGCAUGCAUUGUCAGUCCUGUGUGUUCAAUAUUGAGAACCAUAUCUCUGCACUCCCAGCUGUGAACAGUGUGGCAGUUUCUUUAGAAAGCAAAUCUGCUAUCGUGAAGUACAACCCCAAAUUAAUCGCUCCAGAUGCCUUGAGAAAAGCUAUAGAAGCCAUAGCACCAGGGCAGUAUAAAGUUAGUCUUGCCAGUGAGUGUCAUGGCAGCCCUAAUUCUCCAGUAAUCCCUUUUCUCCAAAAGCCACAUGGCAGUGGACCUAGCCAGCCUUUGACUCAAGAAACUGUUAUAAAUAUUGAUGGUAUGACUUGUAAUUCUUGUGUGCAAUCAAUAGAAGGUGUUAUAUCAAAAAAAACUGGUGUGAAAUGUAUACGGGUCUCACUUACCAAUAGCAAUGGGAUUAUUGAAUACGAUCCUUUACUGACCUCUCCAGAAAUCCUGAGGGAAGCGAUAGAGGACAUGGGAUUUGAUGCAACCUUAAAAGAAUUGAGCCAGAGUAUCACACUGAACAAAGCGCUAGACUUGGUGUCAGGAAGAUCCCAGGUUCAAAUCCUGCUUCUACGACUUAGCAGCU